AUGAGGGAACUCUCAGGUCGCAGCGAAUCUAUAUUCGUUGUCACGGUGGUUUUUUUGGGAGUCUCCUUCGUCACAGUGUGUCUACGAUGUUUCGUCCGUCUGCGCUUAGUGCGAGCAUUCGGGUGGGAUGACACUCUAAUGGUUGCCGCGAUGGGCCUGAAUAUCUUGUUCGCAUUGUGUGGAAUAACAGGCUCAUUAUAUGGCAUGGGCCAGAAACUGGGAGACCUAGAACUCAAGGAGAUUGAAACUGCCAUGUUUUGGUGGUGGCUAGGCCAACUCAGCUAUGUCUUCACCUGCGCCGUUGCCAAAAUAUCAAUCGCGCUGGCGCUCCUCCGUCUCACAGUCGCCAAACUCCACAAAAUCCUCCUGUGGCUCGUCAUUGCCGUAACCGUGGUGGUGGGACUCGUGUUCUGGUUCAUGUUGACCCUGCAAUGCCAACCGGUCCAUCAUUUUUGGAAGCGGUUGUCCACCAAGGGUCAUUGUUUGAAGACGGACUAUCUCAUCGACAUCGCCUAUGUCUACAGUGUCACCGCCUGUCUUUGUGACCUUACCCUGGGCCUCUUGCCCAUCGCACUGGUGUGGACUUUGCAAAUGACUCGAAAGACUAAAGUUGCUUUGGCGUUUAUCUUGAGUCUGGGCUGCAUUGCCAGCGCCGCUGUCAUCGUCCGUAUCCCUUAUCUCCAUAAUUAUAAGGACCCCGAGUUCCUCUACGCUACAUCCGAGAUCUCCGUAUGGUCCAACAUCGAAGCCGGGCUAGGAAUCACAGCCGGAAGCCUCGUCACCCUCCGUCCACUAUUCCGCUGGUUCCGCGGAACCUCCUACGGGGGCACCCACAGCGCGAAGAAGUCAGGCACCUUCCCCCUGUCCAGCAUGACCGGCAACGGAACUUUCCAGUCCAAGCACGAUCGAAACGCCCCGAGCUAUUGGAGGCCGGACAUCGACCGUGGCGAACACCAUGGCGUGGUCACGACGGUGGCGACCUCCCGGGGGAGCACCAACAGUAGCCAGGAGAACUUGAAUCCCCAGCAGAACUCGAUGGCUGGCGGGGUCAAUGUACACAAAUCGGCGAAACUCGUGGAGGAUCCUCAGAUCAAACAUGCGUCCCUCCACAAUCCCCUGCCUGUCCAGGUGCACACCUAUGUCUGGCCGUUCCUAGUCAUCUGGCCCGCGUUUCUCGCCUUCUACCUCUCCCCUGAGCGCUACGAUCGAUAUAUCCAAGGUCAAGAAUGGACGUUUGUGUGGGUGGCAACGAUCAUCACGGCCCAGUCACUGUUGUGGUUGAUGACGAAAUGGAACAUCAACAUUGAAACUCUCUUCACGGCCAAAGAGGCCAAGUCCCUGGACUCGGCCCAGCUCAUUAAGGUCAUCCCCGGCGCCAACGCCGGUUCUGCCGAGAUCUGCCCGAUAAUUCGCGAGUCGCUGGGUGGGAAAAGGACGGUCUCGUUCUUGUUCCAGAAGCGCCGUUUCCUUUUCUACCCGGACCGCGGGUGCUUCGCGCCCCUGUCGUAUGUCAUUGACGAGGAGCCAAGACCCGCCGUCAAAACCUUCCAGGACAGCCAAGGCCUGAGCUCCAAAGCUGAAGUUGAGCGCAUCCAGCACCAUUACGGCGACAAUACGUUUGAUAUUCCCGUCCCCGGUUUCAUCGAACUGUGGAAAGAACAUGCCGUGGCGCCUUUCUUCGUUUUCCAGAUCUUCUGCGUUGGGCUGUGGAUGCUUGAUGAAUACUGGUACUACUCCUUGUUCACGCUCUUUAUGCUUGUCGCCUUUGAGAGCACUGUGGUAUGGCAGCGCCAGAGGACUUUGAGCGAAUUCCGUGGAAUGAACAUUAAGCCUUAUGAUGUUUGGGUAUAUCGCGAGAAGAAGUGGGUGGAAAUCACCAGUGACAAGCUGCUUCCCGGUGAUGUCAUGUCCGUCAACCGGACCAAGGAGGAUGGCGGUGUCGCUUGCGACAUCCUUCUUCUUGAAGGCAGUACUAUCGUUAACGAAGCUAUGCUGUCUGGUGAAAGCACGCCCCUUUUGAAGGAAUCUAUCCAGCUUAGACCCGGAGAUGACUUGCUUGAUCCGGAAGGACUAGACAAGAAUGCUUUUGUACACGGAGGUACCAAGGUUCUGCAGGUCACUCACCCGAGUACCAGCAUGGAGGGGCCGGAUAACACCCUGCGCACAGGGAAGGUUUCUUCUCCUCCGGAUAAUGGCGCUAUUGGUAUUGUGGUGAAGACUGGCUUCGAAACGAGCCAAGGGAGCCUUGUCCGUACCAUGAUUUACUCCACGGAACGCGUGUCUGCCAACAACGCUGAGGCCUUGCUUUUCAUCCUCUUCCUUCUCAUGUUCGCCCUCGCUGCUGCGUGGUAUGUCUGGAAAGAGGGUGUCGCAAAGGACCGCAAGAGAUCGAAGCUCCUCUUGGACUGUAUCCUGAUCGUCACCAGUGUCGUUCCUCCGGAGCUUCCUAUGGAACUGAGUCUUGCGGUCAACACCAGUCUGGCUGCGCUGAGCAAGUUUGCCAUUUUCUGCACGGAGCCGUUCCGCAUUCCGUACGCCGGACGCGUUGAUGUUGCCUGUUUCGAUAAGACCGGUACCCUGACCGGUGAGGAUCUCGUCGUCGAUGGUAUCGCCGGCCUUAACUUGGGUCAUCGGGGCGCCAGCAUCGAGAAGGACGGCGCUCACGUCGACCUGGCCAAGGGCGGCAAUGUUAGACUUGACACCACGCUUGUUCUUGCGAGUGCCCACGCUCUGGUGAAGCUCGAUGAAGGCGAAGUUGUCGGUGACCCUAUGGAGAAGGCGACCUUGCAAUGGCUUGGCUGGACUCUGGGUAAAAACGAUACCCUUACCUGCAAGAACGCACAGGCUGCAGCUCGUCUCCCUGUCGAGUCGGUUCAGGUCAAGCGCCGUUUCCAAUUUUCUUCCGCUCUGAAACGCCAAAGUACUAUCGCUACGAUUGUCUCUAGUGACGGCAAGAACUCCAAGAAGGUCAAGUCUACUUUCGUUGGUGUCAAGGGUGCUCCUGAGACUAUCAGAGCCAUGCUUACGAACACUCCUCCCCAUUACGAAGAGACUUACAAGCACUUCACUCGUAACGGUGCUCGUGUCCUUGCCCUGGCAUCCAAGUAUCUUUCCACCGAAGCCGAACUGUCCCAAGGUCGUAUCAACAACUACGUCAGAGAAGAAGUUGAGUCUGACUUGACUUUUGCUGGCUUCCUGGUUUUGCAAUGCCCUUUGAAGGACGAUGCUAUCAAGUCCGUGCGUAUGCUCAAUGAGAGCAGCCAUCGUGUUGUCAUGAUCACCGGUGACAACCCUCUUACUGCCGUCCAUGUCGCGCGCCAAGUUGAAAUCGUUGACCGCGAGUGCCUUAUUCUUGACGCCCCCGAGAACGAUACAUCAGGGACAAGGAUCGUCUGGCGAAGCAUCGAUGACAAAUUCAACCGCGAUGUCGAUCCCACUAAAGAUCUGGAUGCCGAGAUCUUGGAAACCAAGGAUAUCUGUAUCACGGGCUAUGCGCUAGCGAAGUUCAAGGGCCAAAGGGCAUUCGCCAACCUUCUCCGUCAUACCUGGGUUUAUGCACGUGUAUCCCCGAAGCAGAAGGAGGACAUUCUGCUUGGCCUCAAGGAUGCCGGUUAUACGACUCUGAUGUGUGGUGACGGUACCAACGAUGUUGGAGCUUUGAAACAGGCCCAUAUCGGUGUUGCCCUUCUUAACGGAUCUACUGACGAUCUCCAAAAGAUUGCCGAGCACUACCGCAACACUAAGAUGAAGGAGAUCUAUGAGAAACAGGUCAACAUGAUGGCCCGCUUCAACCAGCCUUCUCCGCCCGUUCCCGCCCAGAUUGCACACCUGUAUCCCCCCGGACCCACCAACCCGCAUUACCAGAAGGCCAUUGAACGCGAAGCCACGAAGAAGGGCGCUGCCGCCGUGGCCCAGGCCCAGGCCCAGGCCCAGGUCGAAGGAACCAUUACUUCCCCCGGUGCCCAAGCACUGCAGCAGUCUAAUUCGAACUUGACCCCCCAGCAGCAGCGCCAGCAACAGGCUUCCCAGGCCGCUGCUGGUUUUGCCGACAAGCUCACGUCUUCGAUGAUGGAACAGGAACUGGAUGAUAGUGAGCCUCCCACCAUCAAGCUGGGAGAUGCGUCCGUCGCUGCGCCGUUCACUAGCAAGCUGGCCAAUGUGAUUGCCAUUCCCAACAUUAUCCGCCAAGGUCGCUGCACCCUUGUUGCCACCAUCCAGAUGUACAAGAUUCUCGCCUUGAACUGCCUGAUCAGUGCCUACAGUUUGAGUGUGAUCUAUCUCGACGGAAUCAAGUUUGGAGACGGCCAGGUUACUAUCAGUGGUAUGCUGAUGAGCGUCUGCUUCCUUUCCAUUUCUCGUGCCAAGUCUGUCGAGGGAUUGUCUAAGGAACGCCCUCAGCCCAACAUCUUCAACGUAUACAUCAUUGGAUCCGUGCUUGGCCAGUUUGCCAUUCACAUUGCUACUCUGAUCUACCUGUCGAACUAUGUGUACUCCAUUGAACCGAGAUCAUCCGACAUUGAUCUGGAGGGUGAAUUCGAGCCGUCGCUUCUCAACAGCGCCAUCUAUCUCCUCCAGCUUAUCCAGCAGAUUUCCACCUUCUCGAUCAACUACCAGGGCCGUCCCUUCAGAGAGUCUAUCCGCGAGAACAGGGCCAUGUACUGGGGCCUGAUCAUGGCAUCGGGUGUUGCUUUCUCCUGCGCCACGGAGUUCGUGCCUGAGAUCAACGAGAAGCUCCGUCUUGUUCCCUUCAGCAACGAGUUCAAGAUCACGCUCACCGUCCUGAUGGCACUCGACUACGGCGGAUGCUGGCUCAUCGAGAACGCUCUGAAGUCCCUGUUCAGCGACUUCCGCCCCAAGGACAUCGCUGUGCGCCGUCCCGACCAGCUCGAGCGGGAAACCACCCGCAAGGCCAAGGAGAACCCGGAGCAACUGGCGGCAAGUGGAUAA